AUGAUGGAAUCGGGGGCGCCUCUCGCGCGCGAGGCGACAUUCGACCGCGUCGAAAAAAAGCGAACAAUCGCCGAGGAAAUCGAUGAGAUGAUGAAGUAUUACGCGUUUGACGACGCGAUUUUUCUCGCCGAAAUCUAUUAUGAGACGGAUAAAACGAACGGGGCGAAUCACUCGGAUGCACUACUCACUUAUGCCGAUUGUCUGUAUCGAGCGAAUAAAAAAGAAGAGUGUUAUGGAUUGUUGCGGUCGACGAAAUUCACUGGAGCACGACUUCAUUUCUUGUUUGCCAGGGUGGCGUAUGAUUUGAAUAAGUGCGUUUUUCAGAGUGAUUUCUGA